UUACGUCGAUAUGCAACGUGAUCUCCAAAACCUGUUCGUAUCAAUGUAGGCUUUCUUUUCUUUUUUUUCCUUUUAUCACCCAACCACUUAGCUUACUGACUGUCUCUGACUUCUUGAUAUUGAAAAAGUUGUAGUGGUACAGUAUGUACUGUGUUUUAUUGCCCUCUGCUGUUGCAGAGUGAAAUAUUAGCCGACGUUACGCAAACAAUCGCGUCACUUAAUAGGUCCAUGCACAAAUUCAAAUGGUGGGUUAAACGCUUUGAAAUACUGAAAUGUCGUGGGAAGGAGUGUAAGAAUGCCAUCCAACUGAAGCUAUUGUUGUAUUUUUAUUUUUCAAUUUUUGCACUACUGCACCCUCUAAAACCUUAAAACCCAUUACGAUUCGGGCUGUGGGGGAACGCUGUAGCAUGACAUACCCUGAACACAUUAUGCUAUUAAGAUACUCAGAUGUAGCCUAACAGGAGGAUUAUGUAAUAAUUUAUCAUGUGACCACCCUGCACGGUUACAUAUUAUUUACGGGUAGUUGAGUCACAGCUUGAAAAUGUAUCCUUCUGUGUGUUUGCAAACGGAUUCGUGAAAUAUUUGGACGCUUUUGUCACUGUGGGGGAAAACCAAGUAGUUUAGCCUUGUAGUGUCUAUUGCGAGAUGUUUGAAGAAGGCAGCGCUUUCCGUCUCCAGUUGCGAUUGAGUUGACGGGGUGGAGCUUAACUGCUUCUAAACUCACCUUGCCUCAGCGCAACAUUCAGGUUAGGGCUGCCGAUAUUUUAGGCAGGGCGGUCGCUGAUGACAUUUAAUUACACUAAAUCUGGUUAGUUUGAUAAAACAAUGAAGAACAUUCUGGAGCGAGUGAGACCACUGAAGAGUUUCAAGUGGAGAACCUGAAAUAUAUUUAUCACGGCAAUCAUAUUUCCAACUCGUCAGUAACAUUAAAGGGACAUAUUUUGAUUGAAGCUGCGACAGAUAGUCCUACGGCCCUCGGGGCUCGACAGCAUCCGCGCGGUUGCCAUGGCUCCCGUUGCUCAGUGAGGACCACCUCUGCCUCCCACACUAUGGUCUAAACCCACGCAACACAGGCACCAGCAUCAUGAUGGCCUCUGUGGUUGCCAAUGGGAACCAAGGCAGCCAAUCGCUGGUCCUGAAGGGGGUGGACCCGGAGACAUGCAUGAUCGUCUUCAAGAACCACUGGGCACAGGUGGUGAAGAUCUUGGAGAAGCAUGACCCCCUGCGCAGUGGUGGGGGAGGUGUGUCGGCCCUGGGGGGGCUUGGCAGCGGGGGCCUGGGUGGCUUGCGCUUCGGGCCCAUCCCCGGCGACGAGGCCAGCGCCGUGCAGAACUACGUGGAGCACAUGCUCUUCCUGCUGAUGGAGGAAGAGUGCGGGCAAGCGGGCGCCAUGGGCCCCAUCCUGGAGUUCGUGGUGAUGGAGAACGUGAUGGAGCGCCUGUUCCUGUGGAGCCUGCGGCGGGAGUUCACCGACGACAUGAAGCUGGAGCAGCUGAAGAUGUACGAGAUGCUGGUGGGCCAGGCCCGGCAGCCGCUGCUGCACCACAAGCCCGUGCUGCGGCCGCUCAUGAUGCUGCUGUCCGCCUGCUCCUCGCCGGGGCCCGCGUCGGCCGCCUCCCCCGCCGUGGAGGCCGAGCUGGUGCUGCUGCUGCACCAGCUGUGCUGCGUGCUGGCCAAGGACCCGUCCGUGCUGGAGCUGUUCUUCCACACCAGCGAGGACCAGGGCGCCGCCAACUUCCUCAUCUUCUCGCUGCUCAUCCCCUUCAUCCACCGGGAGGGGGCGGUGGGCCAGCAGGCCCGGGACGCGCUGCUGCUCAUCAUGGCCCUGUCGGCCGAGAACCACGUGGUGGCCCGGCACAUCGCAGAGAACACCUACUUCUGCCCGGUGCUGGCCACUGGUCUGAGUGGCCUCUACUCCUCCCUGCCCACCAAGCUGGAGGACCGCAGUGAGGAGUGGCACUGCCUGCACAGAGAGGACUGGCAACAGAUGCCUUUUCUUGUGCAGUUUCUAAAUUCCCUCGAAUUCUGCAAUGCUGUCAUCCAGGUGGCGCAUCCUUCCAUAAGAGAUCAACUGCUGGAGUAUAUCUAUAAUGGCUUCCUGGUACCUGUCCUGGCCCCAGCUCUGCACAAGUUGACCUUGGAGGAGGUGAUGACCACUACAGCCUACCUGGACUUGUUCCUAAGGAGCGUGUCUGAACCAGCACUCCUGCAGACCUUCCUCAGCUUCAUCCUGCUCCAUCGCCACGACAACGUCCACAUCCUGGACACCUUGGUCAGCCGCAUCAAUGUGCCUUUCCAAUUGGGGACUGUAUCCUUGGCCCUGUUCCGCACUCUGAUUGGCUUGUAUUGUGAGGAUGUCAUGUUACAGCUCAUAUUAAGGUACCUGGUCCCAUGCAAUCACAUGAUGCUGAGCCAGCGUGCAGUCCUGAGGGAAAGGGACUGCUACUCGGUCUCAGCGGCCAAGUUCCUGUCGCUCACGCCCUCCUGCUGCUCCCCAGACGUCAUCCCUCCGCCCCUGCGACAGUUGGAGGGAGUCUUGUGGUCCAAGGCUGGAGAUGGUGCUCACUGUGGAGAUAUGGAGACCGAUGAGGACUGCUCUCAGGUAGAUAGCUCGGGUCAUUCCUGUGUGAUUGGCUCUGAGAUCUACAUGGAUGUGAGCUACUUGCAUUACCUGUAUGAUGCCCGCGGUGGGAUCAGCAAGUGCAUCCGCGCCUGUCAGGUGUGGUCGGCACCUUAUGAUGGCGAAAAACCCCCACCUGAGGAGUACCAGCCUAGCACCCUUGAGGACGCGGUCAGGCCACGCGCACCGACCCUUUCUCGGAAGCCCCCUCCUCCUCCUCCCCCACAGAGGCCCCGUCAAGACCCCCAGAGAGAUUCCCCCGCUGCCCCCAACUUACUGGAGCUGGAGUGGGAUGACAGUUAUGACGCAGGCGCUGCUCAGCCCCCACUAGAGCCAGAGGUCACUAAACCCAUCCCAGUCGAGCCCCCAAAACACAUCCAGGAGCUUAGGAAGAACGCUAUCAUGCUUAUCAAGGGCUCCUACAUAGAGGAGUCCGAUUUUCAAAAUGAUGUCAUGGUGUACAACCUUGUGGCACAAAAGGAUGCUAGCGAUCCCGUUGAACUGCCUAAAGCUGUGAACACAACACCCGCGGACAAGCAAACUCAUUCAGGAGUUCCAUUAGCAGACUCAAGUAACCACCAGCUAGCACAGAGCUGUCAGGACAGUGAUGGGCCAAUCAGUAACGGCCUGAGCCUCUCCCCUCUCCACAGUGCUGAGGAGGAUCAGGGCAAACACAGUUUACAGGCCGACUCCAACUUGGACGGUGAAGAGCUUUUGGCCCAGUAUGAGGAACUAAUCCGGACCCUGGGGAUGGAGGCGGGAAGCCCCAUUAGAGCAGACAAGGAGUUUCAGCGGCCCAUUUCUCCCAUGGAGGAGGAGGAGGAGGAAGUGGACUUUAACUCCUUUUCCCCUGAAACUCCAGAGGCCGACAAGAUCCCCUCACCAUUUGCAAGCAAGCCCCGCAGUGGGAGCAGGACCCACGGGGUGCCCUUCACUGGACCAUUUGUGAGUGUGCUGCUGUCGCGGCUGGAGAACAUGCUGGAUAACUCGCUGCACGUCAACCUGCUCCUCACGGGCAUCCUGGCCCAGCUGGCCACCUACCCCCAGCCCAUCCUCCGCUCCUUCCUCCUCAACACCACCGUGGUGCUCCAGCCCAGCGUCCGCUCCCUCUACCAGGUGCUGGCCUCUGUGAAGAAUCAGAUUGAUCAGCUUGCAAUGACCCGGAAGGACUUAGCAGAACUGCUGACAGCUGCCCAGCACUCCCUACUGGCCAGAGAGAGUUCACUCUGGGGUCAAGACGUGCAACCAGAUCCUCACGCUUUGGAGAACGGGGACGGAGGAAGAGCAAAGCACCCAGUGGCCCAGCCCAAGACCAUCCUGCCAGCCAACCGCACAGAGGUGUACGGCACUGUCCUUUACACCGAGUUCCUCAAAGAGCUGGCGGCCAUUGCUCAGGAGCACUCCAUCCUCUCCCAUCUCCCCAUGGAGGAGUAGCUGUGGCCUCUGAAGAGCACGAUGGGAACGCGUGUUAGACAGAAACCCCCAGAACAUCGGAACAUUCUCAGACGUCUUAAGAACCAUUUGCUGAUGAGCUUCUCAUUCUUCUCUGCACUACCAGAUUUGAAGAUACCUCUUGGAUGGAGAAUUAACUUCUUUUAAUCUCUUUUUAAAAAAAAUUAAAAAGUGACUGUAUUGAAAGUCAAUGUGUAGUUUUGCUCAUAAACCACACAAAAAAACCUUUUGAACCAUUCCCUUUCAUCUGGAAAUAUCUGAUCAGUACCCUUAGUGGCUUACCAGCUCGUGAACAAUCCUAUGCAAAGUGUCUUAUGCACAAGCCACCCCGUCAUUCAUGUGUGUACACAGAAGGUGACCUACAUUUGGUGGCCACCUCCACCCUUUAGGGGAAACUGAACACCAGUUAACAGUACUGUAACAGGAGACUCGCAGGAGAAGACCAAAGACAGGGGGGACAGUUCGUGGGCAAUGCAGUAAGGGGUUAGUGAUGGCCCUGACCAUUUUCCCUUGUUUGCACGUUGAAAUAUGAUUAGUAACUCAAAUGAUGGGUAUCAUGGAGGGUGGUUUCAAUUGGUUGUUGUACACUGCUUAUUGUGGCCUUACAGUAUAAGACUGUUUGUGCCUCAUUUGCUCAGAUGAGCGAGUGGACAACACUGCUGCCUACAUUUGAUGCAAUUCUUUUUAAACACAGUGGUUCUUCCCUGGCUUCUAAUGUCACAUUGCUGGUUUUUGGAGCCUUACAGGCCAAGGUUAACUGCAGAGGACGUUUAUUCCUGGAGUCCAAAGUCUUUGCACUCAAUCUUACACUGAAAGGGUGAUUUAAUCAUUUUUACUUACUGGAUUUGAAUGGUUUCAAUUUUCUUGAAUCAGGUUCACGUGUGUUUUUGUCUGUUAAUGAUAUUGGUUUGCUUGCUUGACAAUCUGAAUUUAUUGUCUUGUGAGCCUGGUGAGUUAGGAUAAAAGCUCAAUAUAUUUUUGGUUAGGUUCUGUGACGGUACACGGCGUGUAGGAGGACCAUUGUAUGCGUCACAUACUGUCAUUCUGGUGUUUCCUGGCCUCACACAAACAAUGGCCUUUGGGAGGUCGCCACACCUGUUUGAAAAGUGUGAACACCAUGAUUUCAGUCAAAUGUCAGCUUACUUCACUGUGUCUACUGACACACAAUACUUUUUCUUUUUUU